GGCGGCAGCCGCGAUGAGAGCUCCGGCCCUCGCCUGAUUCCUCUCCUGCUGAUAAAAAUGCUCAACAAGUCUCGAGGGAAGAUCCUCGGGGUGCUGGCGCUGUUUCUGGUGAUGGUUUGGUACUCGAUCUACCGGGAAGACAGGUACACACAGCUCUUUUAUUUCCCCGUGCAAGAAAACAAGACGACGUGUCCCCUCGGGGAUGUGGAAAAAAAAGCGGCGCAGCUCAUCGGGAACUACACGAGGGACCACCCGCUCUUCUUGCAGCUGAAGGAUUAUUUUUGGGUGAAGACGCCGUCACUCUACGAGCUGCCCUACGGCACGAAAGGAAGCGAAGAUGUUCUCCUGCGUUUGCUGUCCAUCACCCACUACUCCCUGCCCGAGAGCAUCCAGAGCCUGAAGUGUCGGAGGUGCGCGGUGGUGGGCAAUGGCCACCGGCUUCGCAACAGCUCCAUGGGAGAGAUCAUCAACAGCUAUGACGUUGUGAUCAGGUUGAACAACGCUCCAGUCCAUGGUUAUGAGCAGGACGUGGGCUCCAAGACCACCAUGCGCCUCUUCUACCCCGAGUCGGCCCAUUUCAACCCCAGGACGGAGAACAACCCCGACACGUUGCUGGUGUUGGUGCCCUUCAAGCCCAUGGACUUCCAGUGGAUGGAGGCCAUCCUCAACGACAAGAAGAGGGUACGGAAAGGGUUUUGGAAGCAGCCCCCGUUGAUCUGGGAUGCCAACCCGGAGCGAGUGCGAAUCCUCAACCCUUAUUACAUGGAAGUAACUGCUGCUAAACUGCUCAACCUCCCCAUGAAGCAACCACGGAAGGUCAAGCAGAAGCCCACCACGGGUUUGUUGGCCAUCACUUUGGCUCUACACUUCUGCGACCUGGUGCACAUCGCGGGCUUCGGCUACCCCGACUCGGCCAACAAGAAGCAGACGAUUCACUACUACGAGCAGAUCACGCUCAAGUCCAUGGCGGCGUCGGAGCACAACGUCUCCCACGAGGCCGUGGCCAUCAAGCGGAUGCUGGAGCUGGGUCUCAUCAAGAACCUCACCUACUUCUGAGGCCACCAGAGCCACCUAUGGACACUGUCC